AUGGCCUCUGAAGGCGCCAGCAACAACGAGAGGCUGCUCGCCGCGGCCCGGUCAGACAACGAGGACAUGCUCCUCGAGGUCUUCGAGGAGGGCAACUUUGACAUCAACGCCCAAGACGGGCUCGGGAACACCGAACCGGCUCGAGAAGCGACCCCGCUGCACCUCGCGCUCCGGAUAGAGGACGAGGACCUGCGGGUGGCCGUCGUCGAGAGCCUGCUCGACGCCGGCGCGGACACUCGGAUCAAGGACAAGAACGGCGAGACGGUGCUGGACCUCGUCGACCCGUCCGACGAGGCCGUUCACAAGCUCGUCCGCAAGACGCAAGCGCAGGCGAGCAUGGACCGCGGGGACGUCGCGGACGAUGACGACGACGACGACGAGCAAGGCUCUGGGUCCGGUUCGGACGACGAGUAA